GGCACGGGAAACAGGAGCAGAAAAGAGCGCAGGAAGGAAGGGAGGAAGAGAACGCAGGAAGGAAGGGAGGAAGAGAACGCAGGAAGGGAGGAAGAAUCCUGAACCCAUUUCCGUCCGCCAUCGCUGAGUUGCGUCGUCGCCCAAUUCAUUUAGUACCUCAUGGAUGAACUUGUGGAACAUACUGUUGAAGAAGAGACAUCAGGAGAUGUUGGAAAUUCACAUGACAUGAAACAAGAACAAGAUAUGCAGAUAGAGGCUGAAUCUGGUGAAAAAAGGUGGCCUGGGUGGCCAGGUGAAAGUGUUUUUCGUAUAUUGAUUCCUUCCAAUAAGGUGGGUAGUCUCAUUGGCCGCAAAGGAGAAUUCAUCAAAAAAAUGUGUGAAGAAUCAAAAGCUAGGAUUAAGAUUCUUGACGGACCUCCUGGAGCACCAGAAAGAACAGUAAUGAUUUCAGCAAAAGAGGAACCAGAUGCUUCUGUUUCUCCUGCUAUGGAUGGUCUGUUAAGAGUUCAUAAGAGGAUAAUUGAUGGUUUAGAUGGGGAAUCUGGUCUUGCCCCAUCUGCUGCUGGCAACACACUCCCUACAAGAUUGCUUGUGGCAGCUACACAAGCAGGUAGCCUCAUUGGUAAACAUGGAGCCACAAUAAAAUCCAUUCAGGAAUCUUGCAGCUCAAUAGUCCGAGUUGUUGAUAAUCUUCCUCCUGUCGCACUUCCGGAUGAUAGAGUUGUUGAGAUACAAGGAGAGCCCAUUGGAAUGCAUAAGGCGGUGGAAUUGAUUGCAGCUCACUUAAGGAAAUUUCUAGUUGAUCGUAGUGUCCUUCCUUUGUUUGAAAAGCGUCCAUUGCCAAAUAUGCAUAUGGAACAAAAUAUGCCGCCACCUCAACCUUGGGGUCAUUCUCAAGGCCUUCCGCCUGGUGCUGGCUCAGCAUAUGGUGGGAACCCUCAGUUUAUGUCUUCCCGCCCACAUGAUAGCUUCUAUCCUCCAGACCUUCCCCCACUGGAAAAGCAACCUCACCAUGGCAUAUCAAUGUAUGGGCAAAAUGCACCCACAGCAGGUGUCCAUUCCGGAGCAAAUCAACAGCCACAAUCGAUGAUAUCUCAGAUUACACAGCAUAUGCAAAUUCUACUUUCUUAUGCUGAUGCUGUAAUUGGAGAAGCUGGCUCAAAUAUUAGCUACAUCCGUCGUGCCAGUGGGGCAACCAUAACCAUACAAGAAACACGUGGGGUGCCCGGAGAGAUGACUGUUGAAAUUAGUGGGACUGCUACUCAAGUUCAGACUGCUCAGCAAUUGAUACAGAAUUUCAUGGCGGCAGCUCCAACUCCAGCAUCCAUGGAUCAAGGUUAUGGUUCAUACCAAACACACGGCGGACCCAUGUACGGUUCCCCUGCGUCCCAUUCUGGUCCUGCUGCGCACACUGGAGGAUAUGGCUCAACCUACGGUGCCAAUUAUGGGUAUUAGGAUGCUGGAUGCCCUCCAGAGUUGAUACUGUCUUGUGAGAUUUACUUUAAAAGACAUCAUUUUCCUUUAGAGAUUGUUGUGAUUGUAUGAGUAAUCGACACUCUUUGGCAACUGAUGCUUAUUUAUGCCCAACUUGAAGGUAGUUUAACAUCUUUGUUUCAUGUUAUAGUUAUAUUAGUACUGUGGACCUAAGUUUUUA